AUGACAGGGGGUUGGACUGGAUGGCCCUUGCGGUCUCUUCCAACUCUAUGAUUCUAUGAUUCUAUGCAGGAAAAUGAUUUGAAAGUGGACCAGUCCACUAUAAAGGACCUGAUUGAAGACUCUUUGAUCAGCACCCAGCCAGCCAUGAUGGUCAAUAUGAAGGCCUAUGUCACAGGUGGCAAUCUGUCAUCUUGUAACAAGCUCUUCCCGGGGUCUCUGUCUGGCUCGCCUGCUCCUGUGGUACCCAAGCUGCUGCUCCAGAACCUCUGUGGGCUCCACCUGGGAUCCGAAGAGGCUCCAGGUCUGGUUGACAGGGAAGAAAGGGGGGUGGGAAGGGCAUCUGGCCAAUUUGCCCAUGGGGGAUGUCCAUUUCUUCCUCUCUCCCUCCCCGCCCAUGACCUUGUCUUGAAACUAAUUUCCAUGAGUGAGGAGUUGGGGGGGUCUUGCCCAUCCAGUUCUGGAUAG